GUGUGUGGUAGCCUGAGCUGGCCAUAUGGUUAGCCGGAGGCGGGGAUAUAGGAAAACAGACUUGGGCGACAAGCAGGACAUGCCUGAGAAAAGAGCUCAGUUAGGAGUUAGCCAUUUAAUGACCAGUGCAGAUAUUAUUUGGUUAAAUUAGCUACCUUGGUUGGUAGGUAGAUAACGUUAACCAACUAGAUGACAUUCUGACUCUGAAAAGUGGAAAAUCGGAUUAACAUUCAAGACUGCGCACCUAGCCUAAUCAUUUUGUCAACUGGCUGGGUUAACGUUACUUCUUUUGUGGAAGAAACUGCCUAACUGUUAGUUAUCAACUGAUAGGUCGCUACAUACACAACGCUACUUAACAAUUCACGCUUUUCUUUAGUUGUCUUUGAUUAGUAAGUUGUAACAACAAUUUAGAUGUGACGUGAGACAGUGGAAUUAAUUUAUCUGCAAUCCUGUUGGCUGAACUGUCAGUCUGAGAUAGCGACCUGAAUAACGUUAAUGUUAACGUUAGUUUAGUGAAGCUUCAGAGGACAGUGUCAACUCUCUUCUGGAUUUUAACGUUAUCGAUUUGGAAAUUUAUUUGGUGGCUGCAAAGGCAAUUUAACCAUGCCGAGCAACUAUAUCAUUUCGGAACUUUCUAUUUGUAUCGGUUGUCUUGAUUAGCUGCGAAGUGUAGGGCAACGUUAGAUAUUAACACGAGCUAGCUAGGCUAGUUGGUUUAGAAAUUGUAGUAAUAGCGUUGUAGUUGGAUGUGCCAUUAACUGGUAGUAACACAGUUGUGUCCAGCAACCUUGCCAACCAGUUUUCUUUACAGAGAAAUUUGCUGUUCAAUUAGCUAGAUUACUGUCUAACGUUAACAACUUCACUCAACGGCUUGUUUGACCUGGUCAAACGAGAAUGUCGGGGAAAGACCAAAAAGAAAAGCAAUCUACCACUGAGCGGCUCGUCAAAACGGUGCCACUCCCUCCCCACCAGCGGCUCACGCUGAAGGACCUGUAUGUGGACGGCAAGCCCAACCCAGAGGUCCUGAGGAGCCACCUGGUGAAGGAGGGCCGCCUGGAGGAGGAGGUGGCCCUGCGCAUCAUCAACGACGGUGCCAACAUCCUGCGGCAGGAGAAGUGCAUGCUGGAGGUGGACGCGCCCAUCACAGUAUGUGGUGAUGUCCACGGACAGUUUUUCGACCUCAUGAAGCUCUUUGAAGUGGGCGGCUCGCCCGACAACACACGCUAUCUCUUCCUGGGAGACUACGUAGACCGGGGCUACUUCAGUAUCGAGUGUGUGCUAUACCUCUGGUCGCUCAAAAUCACCCACCCCACAACCCUCUUCAUGCUCAGGGGUAACCACGAGUGCCGGCACCUCACAGAGUACUUCACCUUCAAACAGGAAUGUAAAAUCAAGUAUUCAGAGCGAGUAUAUGAUGCCUGCAUGGAAGCGUUUGACUGUCUGCCUCUGGCUGCUCUUCUUAACCAGCAGUUCCUGUGCGUCCAUGGUGGCCUCUCUCCAGAAAUCAACUGCUUAGAUGACAUUAGGAAAUUAGACAGAUUUAAGGAGCCUCCGGCAUUCGGGCCUAUGUGUGACCUCAUCUGGGCGGACCCAGGUGAGGACUACGGCAGUGAGAAGACUGCGGAGCACUUCAAUCACAACUCGGUGCGAGGGUGCUCCUACUUUUUCAGCUAUGCGGCUGUAUGCGACUUCCUGACGAACAACAAUUUGUUGUCAGUAAUAAGAGCGCACGAAGCACAGGAUGCAGGGUAUAGGAUGUACAGGAAAAGCCAGACGACAGGCUUCCCAUCACUGAUCACAAUCUUCUCCGCACCAAACUACCUAGACGUCUACAACAAUAAAGCUGCUGUAUUGAAAUAUGAGAACAACGUGAUGAACAUCCGACAGUUCAACUGCUCUCCCCACCCGUACUGGCUGCCCAACUUCAUGGACGUCUUCACAUGGUCUUUGCCUUUUGUCGGAGAGAAAGUAACAGAGAUGCUAGUGAAUGUUUUGAACAUCUGUUCCGAUGAUGAGCUCAUGACCGAGGGACAUGACGACCUCUGUGAAGGUUUAACCCCUCAAGUGCGCAAGGACGUGGUGAUCCGGAACAAGAUCCGUGCCAUUGGGAAGAUGGCCCGAGUCUUCUCCGUUCUCAGGGAGGAGAGUGAGAGUGUAUUGACUCUCAAGGGCCUGACCCCCACCGGUACCCUACCUCUUGGAGUGUUGUCAGGUGGCAAGCAGACCCUGCAGAGUGCCACCCUAGAAGCCAAGGAGGGGAAAGCCAUCCAAGGCUUCUCUCCCACAAGAAAGAUACGCAACUUUGAGGAGGCACGAGGCUUGGACAGAAUAAACGAGAGGAUGCCGCCUCGAAAGGACGGCCAGCCGACCGACCCGAACGCCAAGGACGCCGACAAGAAUGGCACGGACGGAAAGGCAUAGACUUUCGGG